AUGAAAUGCUUUUGCAAAAAUAAACCAAAAAAAGACUUGGUUAUAUCAAUUAAAGACGAUAAUGUUAUCUUUUAGACUUGCAAUAACACAUAAAAUGUUAUCUGUAAAUUUCAAGGUUUUUAUGAUUUUAGUGAUAGUAGUGAUAAUGAUAAUUAAAUAAUUCGGUUAAUGUCUUAGAUUUCAAACAAGGAUUUUGAUAAGAACUCCUUCAAACAAAUCCUUGAGAUAAACACUAAUUGUUCAUAAGAUUCAAAAUUAUUUAUUAAUAAUGAAACCAAUUUUCGACUUGUUAGUUCAACUCAGUCCACUUCGACAAGCAGUCCAACUUUAACUGAACCCAAAAAAAAGAAAAAGCAAAAGCCCUAAAACAAAAAAUCUCAACCAAAAUCUGAAGUUGAAAAAAAACCAUAAUAAAUUUCAGAUUCAAAAAAUUAGACAAAAUAAAAUAAGGUUUGUUCUAUGGAGAAUGAAGAUAUACGAAUAUUUGAAGAAAGAAUAAAAUAAUAUACAUCUGAGGUGGAUGAUUCACAAAAAAUAGUGUUAAAUCUCCCAUUAGAAUGGAUAAAAAAAUUUGGAAUUCAAAAAAAAAAGAAAUGAUAAUUUGAUGUUCCAAUCUAUAAUUUUAAUGAUUAUAAUCCUUAUUUUCAUUUACAAAUAUAAGGGAAGAAAAA